AGCGCGCGCUGAGCGAAGAACAAAGAAGAACAAAAACCCGGAAGAAAGGAGAAUUGGUGAUCCCUAACACCAAGUAAGACAAAUCCAGUCUUCACACCUUGACAGCAAGUGUCGGUGAGUUACGUUUAAGCUGCCCAUCCAACAUGGACGAUGUUUGGCAGAACGCCAUGGACCAUGCCGUUGCUGUGGCGCGAAAAGCUGGUCAGGUGGUGCGUGAAGCCCUGCACAGCACGCAAAUGGACGCAGUGAUGGUGAAAAGUUCGUCAGUUGAUUUAGUGACACAGACUGACCAGAAGGUGGAACAACUCAUCAUCCAAUCAGUGAAGGAGAAAUUCCCAACACACUGCUUCAUUGGGGAGGAGUCUGUUGCUGCUGGAGAAGCCUGCGUUCUGACUGACAAUCCCACCUGGAUCAUUGACCCUAUUGAUGGCACCACCAACUUUGUUCACACCUAUCCUUUUGUUGCUGUUGCCAUCGGAUUCUCCGUCAACAAACAGAUAGAGUUUGGCGUGGUGUACAGUUGUCUUCAAGAUCAAAUGUUCACUGCACGCCGAGGGAGGGGAGCCUUCUGUAACGGAGAACCUCUGCAAGUUUCUCCGCAGCGAGACAUCCACAAGGCCAUCAUCGCUGUAGAGUUUGGGUCCAACAGAGAAGCGCAAACAGUGGACAAGAUCUUCUCCAGUCUCAAGAGAAUUGUCAGCAUCCCCGUCCAUGGGGUGCGUGGUGCAGGAAGUGCAGCCAUUAACAUGUGCCUGGUGGCGUCUGGCUGCGUCGAGGCAUACUAUGAAAUUGGCAUUCAUGUGUGGGACAUGGCGGCGAGCUCGCUCAUUGUCUCUGAAGCCGGCGGCGUCUUGAUGGAUGUGGAGGGAGGCCCGUUGGAUUUGAUGUCCCGCCGAGUUUUGGCCGCCAACAAUGAAAGCAUCGCAGAGAGACUUGUCAAAGAAAUCGAUUCUUUCUCUCCACUCAGAGACGACGCGCCGCUUGCACAGUGAGGUGUCAGGACUUCAGCAAACCACAGAGAAGCGUCCUAAAAUAUUCACUAGGAGACUUCAAAUGAACAUCAAGGUAGACUUUGUUUAUUUCCAUGUAAUAUGUGUACCUUUCAAAUUAAAAGCUAGCUGGCAUCAAGAGAUAAUGCGUUUAAAAAGUUGUAAUGGAACUCAU